AUUUUGGAUUUUUUUCAUUAAACCAGUCUAUUUUUUAUCAAAGUGGUAUAUUCACUAAAAAUAUGAUUAUAAUUAUCCUUGGUAUUCUUAUUAUUGCUAAUUGAGGCUUUGAUGGAAAGUGAUGGGUUUUUUUCCGGCAGGUUAAUUGAUUGUUAAGUGGUAAUGGUCUUUUUUCCAGCUUGUCUAGUUUUGGUGCUGUGUGUGCACCUUACAUGUAUCAGUCACCAACAGUAGAAUACCAGACAUGUAGGCUCACGAUUGCUAUUGUGAGCCAUUUUAGGCCAUUCAGGGUGCUACCAAUAUUCUUGUCCUAAGACAUUUAUUAAUAGAUCCUUCGCCUAUGCCAGAUCAGAUCCACCCAGUAGAAUCUCUGUAUCAUCUUUUAAUCACAUUUGAAUAUGCUUUUAUUUCAGUUCUAAACAUUCUUAUUUCCAAAUAAGUUUAUUAAUCUAAUGUAGAUGCUUUUACCUGCAUCAGCAAUCAUAUCUGUACACAGGGAAAAUUGCCCCUUGCCAUUUUUCCUAUAUAUGUUAUUAGUUAUUUUUACUAAGAUGGUAUCAACUUUUCUAUGAUCUACUUUGUUACUAUCAUGUGUGGAAUGAUAUAUUUAGCCUGGUAAUUUAGCACUAAUAUGUGAUACAUGUCUCCAUUUUUAUUAGUGUCAUCUCCUGUUUUUCUCGCUCUAUUUGCUUCAGGGGUUCUACCAUGACAAAUGUUAAGGUUUUAUGCUGGAGAGAUCAAGUGAGAUCUGGAAAAAGAGAAACUUCUCAUAGCUUGGUGUUGAAUAUCAAACUGCCAUCUUUUUCAGAAAAAGCAGAAAGUCCUAAAUGUGUUGGUUGGGAGAAAAAUAAAAGUCAAAAGCUUGCACCAAGGAUGGUGGAUCUAAGUGCUACUAUGGAUCCUAAAAGGCUUGCGUCUUCAUCUGUGGACCUUAACUUGAAGCUAAUGCAAUGGAGACUGUUACCAUCACUGGAACUUGACAAAAUUUCACAAACCAAGUGCCUCCUGCUUGGUGCUGGAACUCUUGGUUGUAAUGUGGCAAGAUGCCUCAUGGGCUGGGGUGUUCGCACCAUUACCUUUGUUGACUAUGGUAAUAUUUCAUUUUCCAACCCUGUGCGUCAAACCCUGUUCGAGUUUGAAGACUGUCAAAAUGGAGGAAAACCCAAGGCUGACACGGCAGCUUCUGCCCUGAAAAGAAUAUUUCCUGGUGUGAAUGCGUCGUCGUGCCAGCUGUCAAUUCCCAUGCCAGGACAUUCUGUCGCGCAAUCUCCAGAGGAAAUAGAAAAAGUUCAAAAGGAUGUCAGUAAACUUGAGGAGCUGAUAGACGGUCAUGAUGCUGUCUUCCUUCUUAUGGACACACGAGAGAGUCGCUGGUUACCAACAGUUUUGGGUGCCCUGAAAAGGAAGUGUGUCAUUACAGCAGCUCUUGGUUUUGAUACAUUCCUUGUGAUGCGACACGGUGCCAGAGACACUACGCAUGCGGCCGAGUGUCAAGGAGCGGCCAGGCUCGAGUCCAUCCCAGGAACCUCUUUGGGUUGUUAUUUCUGUAAUGAUGUGGUUGCACCUGGAGAUUCUACUCGUGAUCGCACCCUGGACCAGCAGUGUACAGUAUCCAGACCUGGUAUGUCGUAUAUAGCCAGUGCCCUGUCCGUAGAACUGCUGGUUUCUCUCACUCAACAUCCUUUAGGCAUUGAAGCUGCAGCUGAUACCAGCGCUAAAGACGCGCAUCUAACAGCUGAUCUCGAGUGUCAUCUUGGGCUUGUACCUCAUCAGAUUCGGGGAUUUCUUUCAAGAUACCAUUUAGUUCUUCCUGCAAGUCUGGCCUUUGACAAGUGUAUUGCCUGUUCUUCUAAGGUCUUGUCCAGCUAUCAAGAAGAAGGAUUUUCAUUUCUCAUGAAGGUUUUUAAUGUUCCAAGCUACUUAGAAGAUUUAACAGGCCUAACACAGCUUUUACAGGACACAAGAGUUAGCGAGGUUAGUAAAAUCACAGGGAGCACACAAUUUUGCUGAGUAGGAAGAGAGUAAAUAAAGGAAUGAAAUGAAUGAAUAGUUUACCUUUGUCUCCUGUUCUUACGCAACCUUACAGGAAAAACCGCUACCUACAAGUCCCGUGUCGGUAACACUGUAGCGCUGAUUCGUACCUAGGCCUUUUCGCGCAAAUAUGCGAAUUACUAACAAAUAUGCGACAUCUAGUCUCUUAAACUGCUAACUUCUCGGAUACCAACGUUAGUGUGGCUAGUACACAGGGAACAGAGGAGUCCUAUUUGAACAUUUUUUCAAGUUAAAUUCGCCGUACAAUUGUAGUGCGAACUGAUCGAUUUAAUUUUUUGUUGAUUCAAAUAACCUCAAAAUCAAACUAUACAUGUAAUCGGGUUGCGAUGAUUAAAUCUACUAUAAAUAGACAUAUAAAGCUUUUUGUGAGAGCUGUUGUGUGACUUUGUGAUAAGAUAGCUCAUCAGCCCGUUCAAGUGUUAAGUGUGUCAGCUUGAACAAGCCCAAAAAUUUUUGUCUGUGGGCAAAAUUUUAAUGCUCGGAUUGCAUUUCAGUUCGUGAAGUUCUAUCUAGAUGUCCUCGCUCCCGCUAUGCGGGAUUCGUCUUCCAAUGCGACUUAUGCGAGUUUGUCCUCAAGACUGAGCAGGAUUUUCUCGCCGUGGAAACUUGUAAUCUGACGUAAUCAUGAGCCUUUUAGAGGUUCGCAAGACCGCGGUGUUCUUUAUUAGAGAAUUUGUCGGCAAAUGCUACGGUGUCCUCAACGAAACUGUUCGCUUUGAUUUCCGAAAUUUAAUUUCGGAAGCUCAACCCUCCAGUAGAAGUACCGUCGAUAUGUAGAGAAGAUUGCCUCUUGUCAAUCUUUACUAAACUUCAAACUUCGGAGCGAAAAUUUACAGUAGCAGCUUCCAGCAACUUCACUCCUGUCAUCUAAUAUUUUCCCAAUGCGUAUUACAAAAGCCAACAUUUGGUCUUAUUUAGAGUUAACUGUUAAUUUAAGAGUAGACUUGUAAUAGAAAUGUUAAAUGAACUAUACCCAGAGAGCAAACAAAGUAAGUUUCCAUUUUUAGUGCAACAAUCGCAACUAGACCUAGUAUUGUAAAACGAUACAUGUGCCUGCAAUAUUGACAAAUACAGUGAUUUCAGAAACUUUAUCUACUGGUCAGCGGAAUUACUCCAAAAAG